CGGGACAUCAAAGCCAAACUGGUUACAAAGUAACAGUCGCGGCUCGUCAUCAAAGUCGCUGCGGGAAGCAUUCGAACGCGGAGCGUGACAGCCGGCGGCCUUUCCCGCGAAUCCGCGUGCUUGCUGAACUACAACCAAAGACAGACACGCCGGGAAAAGAGGAACUGACCGCGCGCUCGGUCAUCACGUCCAGUUUCUGCGGCUGCUGCUGUUGCAUUCGCGUGCUGCCAUGCACAUAUAUGCCGCAUAGAAAGACUCCAGACGCGGAUUACACCCUACAGGCUGCGAACAGUUGCUCCAGAACAGGACCAAGAGUUUGACCCCCUGUGUGUUUACAACGACAUGGGAAAAAGACCCUCAUCUGCCCAGUAAGAAGAAUGUUUCCAUUGCACAGAGAGAGGGAACAGCCCAUCUUCAGCACUCGAGCUCAUGUGUUCCAGAUCGAUCCCGCCACCAAACGCAACUGGAUCCCGGCCAGCAAGCAUGCGGUCACCGUCUCCUUCUUCUACGACGCCAACAGACACGCCUACCGCAUCAUCAGCGUGGGCGGGACCAAGGCGAUCAUCAACAGCACGAUCAGCCACAACAUGACGUUCACUAAGACGUCUCAGAAGUUCGGUCAGUGGGCGGACAGUAGAGCGAACACCGUCUACGGCCUAGGAUUCGCCACAGAGCAGCAGCUGCACCAGUUUGCCGAACGUUUUAAAGAGGUGAGGGAAGCUGCACGUCUGGCCAGAGAGAAAUCACAGGACAAGAUGGAGCUGAGCAACGCAGCUCUCAGUAUCGCCGCUCCUCAGGGUUCCUGGCUAAAAACCUCAGCAUGGGUUGAAGUGGUCAGUGUUUCUGUGUGUUUCAGCUCGAUCUGUGAGAUGAAUCUGGAGUCCGAGCUCUUCACCUUACAGGACAGUAACGCUAAACUCGUGGCCGCGCUGCAUGAGGCCAACGCUAACGUGGAGCAGUGGAAGAAACAGCUGGCGGCGUAUCAGGAGGAGACGGAGAGAUUACGAGAUCAGGAGAUCCGUAUUCUCCAGAGUAAGAGGUCGAACUUCCACGAGCUGGAGCAGGAGAGAGAAGAAGCCAUUCACAGACUACAGGAGCUGGAGAUGCGUAACGUCGAGCUGGAGCGGCGCGUGCAGAACACCGAACAGAACCUGGCGUCUGCGCUGGAGGACCGCGAGCGUGCCGAGAACGAGGUGCAGAGGGUCAUUCAGAUCCUCGACGUCAAGCUCUUCGACCUCAACGACCUGCGGCAGAGUCUGGUCAAGCUGAUCAGUAAAUAGUGUGAUGCUC